AUGAAAGUUCAUUGCAAAUCAGGAGACAACGAUAUGGGUUGGCAUGUGAGGAAAUACGGAGGAGAGUACGGUUUUAAUUUCAAGGAUCAUAUACUUGAUAAAACACUUUAUUGGUGCAACAUCUGGUCAGGUCCUAAUUUCAGUAAGAAUGCUUCUUUCGUCGCGUACGAAGGUAAGCAGUAUGAACACAGACAGAAUUGGAUAAGAUGGUCGAUAAGGGGAGAUGGUAUUUAUCAAUCUAUCAAUGGUGCAACGCCUUGGAAAUUCAAGUAUCAUUGGUAUGGUAAACUUUAA